AUGUUUGACUGGGCAUCGCGCAAGUCAGUGUCCGUGGUGACGAAAGAGCAAGAAGUGUCACCAACCUCGGCCGGCGACUGGUUUAACUUUUGCCGCGAGGUUUGCUCAGCCGAAAUGCUAACAUGCGAAAUGAAGCUGUUUGGAGGUGUCGACCGCAUGACGAAGAAGUGGUUUGGGAUUUUAACAUUCGACGCACGUACCAAAAUCAUGUCGGACAAGUUUGGUUCGUACGUGUCGUCGAAUGAGCGGCACACCCUGGAGACCAACCCCAGGCUGCGUGGCAUGAAUUACACCCACGCUUGGGUCAACCACUCCGAAAACUUUGUCAACCCCAUCAACGGCUCACACAGUCCAUCGAAGGUGUGUGGGAGGUGA